CACAUUUGUCUAGCGUGACAGGAUCAUGGCGGAGUUGGAAAACCUGCUUCUGCAGGCCGCAGGAAGAACUAGUGGCCCGGGGGGGAACCGGCGUCUGCCUUCAAGAAGGAGAAGAGAAGGUUCGUAUUCUGAUGAUGGAAGUGAUUCAAAGGAUGAUGACUCAGAUGAUGAUCUAGGCUACAAAAGCCGGAAACCUUCUGGCUCUCAAGUUCCUCUGAAGAAGAGGUUGGACCCCAUCGAGAAGGAUGAUGAUCGGGAUAGCCAGGGAGAUGAUGACUAUGAAGAUGAUGAACACCGAGGUGGCAGCAGUGAUGAAUCUGAUGUUGGUAGUGAUCUCUACAAGGGUGAUGAAGAUAGGGAAAACCUUGCCCAGAUGACCGAAUUGGAGCGAGAAUAUAUUCUCUCCGAACGGGCCACUAGAAGAGAUGAUCUAAAACUGAAAGAGACAGUGAGAGCAAAGCAGAGCGGAAAGAAGUCUGAGCCUGUAAAAGAGACUACACCUCCCCCUCGUUUGCGCUCAUCAGCUAGAUCCGCUGAUAGGGCAGCUGCCAAGGAUGACGCACUGAAUGAGCUACGAUUAAAGCGGAAGAAACAGCAGGACCCAGAGGGUCAUUGGAGAUCAAAGGAUGCUGCCAGAGGAGGUUCAAGUGGCCGGGGUUCCUCUCCUGUCAAGCGUAGAGGCAUUCUGACUGCAAGUCCAAGUAGCUCUAGCCAAAGUGAAAGUCAAAGUGGUAGCCACAGCAGGGACGACGGAUCAACUGGGGAUGGGGACUUGGGUGAUAGUGAUGAUGAUAGGGCGGAUGAUGGGAGGGACCGGCCAGCAUUUGAGGAUGUCAAGAACAUCACCAUAAGAAGGUCCAAACUAGCCAAAUGGCUCAUGGAGCCCUUUUUUGAAGAGUUGAUUGUAGGUUGCUUUGUGAGGGUUGGGAUUGGGAUGUCCAGGUCUGGGAAGAGUAUCUAUAGGUUGUGUAUUGUCCGUAAUGUCGAUGCUACAGACCCAAACCGCCAAUACAAGCUGGAGAACAAAACCACAUACAAGUACCUCAACUGUGUGUGGGGUAAUGAGAGCUCAGCUGCCAGGUGGCAGAUGGCCAGAGUAUCAGAUGCCUCUCCGCUCCUUGAGGAGUUUAAUGAGUGGGUCCGUGAGGUGGAGCGUAGUGGGGGAAGGAUGCCCACCCGGCAAGUUGUGCUGGAGAAGAGGGAGACCAUACAGAAGAUGACCAACACUUUUGUCUACUCUGCAGCUACUGUGAAGCAGAUGCUGCAGGAGAAGAAAUCUGCCUCCUCAAGGCCAAUGAAUAUCGCUGCUGAGAAGCAACGGCUGAGGAGGGAGAUGGAUGUGGCAGAAAGCCGGAGGGAUGAGGUAGAGCUGGAGAGGUUACAGGGGAGGCUGAAGGAGCUGGAGGCUAUGUCUCGGCAGGUGAAGGAGAAAGAUUCCAAGGCUGUCAGAUUGGCAGAGAUGAACAAGAAAAACAGAGCUGAAAACUUCAAGAAUGCAUCAGAAUUGAAGCCAGUGAACACAAGUCUGAAAGCUGGGGAAGCAGGUUAUGAUCCGUUUUCAAGGAGAUGGACAAGGUCAAUGAACUAUUAUGUUUCAAAGCCUGGUGGAGGAGAAGAGACUGUUGCAUCUGCAAAUGGAAAUGCAGUUUCAGCAGAAACAGUCUUGGGAGGAAACAACAAUGGAAGAGAGAGAACCAGGGCAGAAGCUGGAAUGGCUGCAACUGUGGCAGCUUUAGAAGCAGCAGCUGAUGCAGGAAAGUUGGUGGAUACAAAUGCACCUGUUGAUCUAGGGACAGAAUCAAACUCGCUGCAUGACUUUGAGUUGCCAAUAUCAUUGGCAGGACUUCAGAAGUUUGGGGGACCCCAUGGAGCCCAUGCAGGAUUUCUAGCCAGGAAGCAGAGGAUAGAGGCAACGGUCGGAUGCCGUGUACCAGAAAACGAUGGGAGGAGACAUGCUUUGACACUGACAGUGAGUGAUUACAAGCGACGGAGAGGUCUUCUUUGAAUGGUGAUGAUGGAAUGUGUUAUUGCUUUGUUAAUCUCAAAAACUUAAGUUGGUAACAGAGCAGGAGUGUUUUGAGAGUCAUUUCAGGUUUUUCUGUUCCUCCUCCCUUAGUGAGCAGGGGAACCAUUUG